AUGCCUCUGGUCUUGACCCUUGCGCUGCUCGUGGGCCUGAGCGCCCACGGGGGCUGGGGCUGCCUGCAGUGUGACACCUCCGUGAGUUUGGCCCUGAGGCAGCCGCGCUUGGCCAUCAUCCCCAGCCGCUUCCGUUGGGGGCAGCAGGGGGCCCGCGCUCAGGCCCUGCUGCUGGGCAUAGAGGGGUCUUUCUUCCAGAACUACGCGGUGAAGGCGUUUGUGGGGCAAGUGGAGACACGUCACCUGAAACUGCUGGCAUCCUUUAUCAAGACUCAAGCAAAAAGCUUAAAGGGCUCUUCCUUCUCGGAUGAGCCUCUGCUGGAAGAGCUGGUGACUCUCAGGGAGAAGGUGACUAUGAAACUCAAAAGAGCUUUAAGUGUGUAUGAAUUAAAAGCCUGCAACCACAGAAUUUGCCACUCACCAAAAGAAGAGGUCUUAGACUGUUUACAAUGCCUGAAUGUCAGCCCCAAGUGCGUGAAAAGGGAGCACUGUUUUGUGGACAGGCAGCCCCGCGUGGCCCUGCAGUACGACAAAGAGAGUAUCCACCCGCAGAAGCAGGCCCUGCUUGGCAUCAUCCUUUCCUUGUUUCUGGCUGUCUUCGCCUUUGUGGUCAUCGUGGCUUCGGCUAUCACUUACAGGCAAAACCGGAAACUCCUGCUGCAGUAG